UCCCUCUCUCUCUCUCUCUCUCUCUCUCUCUCUAGCCUUAUUACUGUUGGUUUUGGAGUUUUUCACCUCCGACUCUCGUGUUUCAAAAAGAGCUGUCAAUACAGAGAUCUAUAAGACUCACUGCUCUCUACCCAUUCCAGCCAAAGUUCACCUUUCCUUCCUCUGUCUUUCUCUAGUGGGUUUUGGUCCCUGUUUUCGCAUAUGCAUUUUACUAUAAAGUUUCUUCAGAUGAAAUUUUUUCUCACAAAGAUUGUGUAGUUGAAGUCGAGACAAACUCUCACGAUCACAAGCUUUUGACUAAUUAGCCUUUUAAGUUAAUCAAAUGCCGAAAUCAAGGGGAUCAGAAAUGCCUCAAAGGCAAUCUCCCAGAGGCCCACUACAACUCAGGACAUCGAGCUCUGAUUUUGAACCAUCGCAUCAUCGACCAAUUACUGACAGGAGCCCCAAGCUAGGAGAUCGUCGAUCGCCAAGAGGUGCCCAAUCUGACCCCCUGAAUCAAAAGAAACUCGGUACUCGCAUUGCAGGUCUAGAAACUCAACUUGGGCAAGCACAAGAAGAGCUCAAGAUUCUGAAGGAGCAGUUAGCCUCUGCAGAGGCUGCAAAAAAAGAAGCUCAAGAGCAACUGGAGAAGAAAGCAAAGAAGCCGAGUGGUCCAGACCCUUUGGCAGUCCAAGAUAAGCAUCCUCCAAAUGGAGUCCAAGAGUCGAAUGAAAGAGACAACACCACGCCCCCACAUGAGAUUCCCAACGAUGACAAUCAACGCGAAACUGAUGUUUUCGAGGUUCCAAUGGAAAAGGUAACGGUGGAACCUAAGGUUGAGUUCAGUGAACCGAUUGAUCAAGAAAAUCAAGAAACCAAACCAACUAGCAUACCAACCGAAUCACCAGAGCCACAACUGACGUUUGAUGACUUGGCUUUGAAGAACGAUGAGAUAAGUUUGCUGAAAGCAAAGUUAGAAGAGAAAGAGAAGGAACUAGAAGUGUCUGGUCAAGAAACUGAGAGUUUGAAAAAUCAGUUGAACGAAGCGGCGUUUGAGAUGUCAACAAGCCAAGCCAAGGAAGAGGAGAUGGCUUCAAAGUUGAGCCAAAUGGGACAAGAGCUGGAAGCAAGUAGAGCCAACGAAGUUGAGCUGAAGGAGAAGCUGGAAGCCGUUGAAGGAGCAAAGGAGGCAUUGGAAAGUGAAAUGAAGAAACUGAGAGUGCAGACAGAGCAGUGGAGGAAAGCAGCUGAUGCUGCAGCUGCAGUGCUAGCUGGGGGUGUGGAGAUGAAUGGGAGACGAAUAUCCGAGAGGUGUGGGUCCAUGGAAAAGCCCUUUGGAGCCAUUUUUGAGCCACCUGUUGGGGGGUACGCGGGCUUUGUAGGUUCACCAGGUUUGGGUGAUGAUUCGGAUGACGGUUUUGGAAGUGGGAAGAGGAAAGGUGGUUCUGCUAUUAGAAUGUUUGGGGACCUGUGGAAGAAGAAGGGGCAAAAAUGACAAUCUCUCUUUGCUAAUGGUACUUCGAAAACCUCUUUCGGUGUUGAUGUUAAUGUUGUCUUUUAGUAGGGAAAUGGUUGUGUUGGUUUUGGGUUGGUAUUGUGUUUAUAUAGUUUGAUCACUUUGGCCAUCUUGAGUCAAGUACUAGGUGAGAAAUUUUAAGCUGAAGUUGAGCUCUCCAAAUCUUCGAAAAUGGUUGUGUUUUUUGGGUGAGGUUUAGGAUGCCGCUUCUGUAAUGCAUGGGCAAUAUAUUGUCUUUAAAGGAAUGAAUGCUCUCAUUUUAUCUUUUUGAGAAUUUCUUGUUUGAUUUAA